UUGGCGCCGCGACCUCAUGUGAGACACCUCCUGCGCGAGCCAGUCCGACGCUACCUCUGCAGAGGAAAACGCAAUGGAGCCCUGAAUCUAUUCGUUUCUCUCCCGUUCGAGACCCUAAACACAUCCGCGUCCGGGCAAACAGUUUUAUCCGCUAUUUAUUUGAAGCGUAACAGGGCGGUGCAACGAUGUGGAUCCAGGUUCGUACUAUAGACGGGAAGGAGACACGAACCGUUGAGGAUCUUUCUAGAUUGACCAAAAUUGAGUCUUUAAGGCUGAAAAUACAAGACAUCUUCAACGUAAGCCCACAACAGCAGCGCCUCUUUUACCGAGGGAAGCAGGAAUUCGCCAAUAGUUCUUGCGCAAGAGCCCGGGGUACGCGGUGUGCCAUCCCGAGGGAUAAUGUGGAUGCACGGAUGUGCUUUUGCGGGUCUUUUGUCGGGGCUAUUGAGAUGGAAGAUGGUCAGACACUGUUUGACUACAAUGUGGGACUCAAUGACAUUGUCCAGCUGCUGAUUCGCUCUCAGGCUGACCCCCCUGAUAGCCCGGCCACCAAGGACUCCUCAGGUGUUGCCUGUAGUUCUGCUCCUCCGCCUGAUUCAAAGUCUGAAAGCUGCAGUUCCCCAGCUCCCGUCUCCCCUGCAUCGAUGGAAACCUCUGCAAAUAUGAACAAUGAAAACAUCAGCAUCACCUCCAGCACUGUAAAUGAAACCAAGCCAGACACCAGCGCUAUCAGUAACUCAACCAGUACCAAAAAUGGGUUCAAGUCCCCCAGUCCAGCACAGGACACUCAGCCGCCCACAUCCAGCAAAAACACACUUACUGACCCAGGAAUCGGCCUGUACAAGAUUAAUGAGCUGGUGGACUGCAGAGACGUGAGCAUUGGCGCCUGGUUUGAGGCGUGCAUCGAAAAUGUGACACUCACUCCCAAAGGACAGAUAACACCCACCAAGGGUAAGGUGGGUCGGCCUCCAAAAAGGACUAAUGGAAAACUGGAGGCUGAGCAGGGGCAGGCCAACAGCCAGGGUCAAACUACGGACAGUAACAGGAAUAAUGUUGUGUUGAAUUCGGAGAGUAAUGGAGCCUCCACCUCUCGGACUGACUCUACAGCAGUGGACAGCAAACAGAGAGAAGAGGAUGUAGUUUACCACAUUAAAUAUGAAGAUUACCCAGAGAAUGGCGUGGUGGAAAUGCGGGCGGUGGAUGUGCGACCCCGUGCCAGGAGCCUUCUGCGUUGGGACCAGCUCCAGGUGGGGAUGCACGUGAUGGUCAACUACAACAUGGAGACACCAGAAGAGAGGGGCUUCUGGUUCGACGCCGAGAUUGUGGCUCUCAAUCAACCCUCCCGUACCAACAAAGAGCUCAGAGUCAAUAUCCUCCUGGGGGGUCCUGGAGAUGUAAUCGGAGAUCUUAAGGUUCAGUUUCUCGAUGAAAUCUACCAGGUGGAGAAACCUGGAGCUCGUCCGCUCUCGGUUGCAGACGGACAAUUUAAACGGAAGAGCGGGCCGGAGUGCAAGCACUGUAAGGCCGACCCCGACGCCGAGUGUCGAUUCUGCUCCUGCUGUGUGUGCGGCGGGAAGCAGGACGCGCACAUGCAGCUGCUGUGUGACGAGUGCAACAUGGCGUUCCACAUCUACUGCCUCAACCCGCCGCUGGCCACCAUCCCAGAUGAUGAAGACUGGUACUGUCCAACAUGUAAAAACGACACCAGCGAAGUUGUCAAGGCCGGCGAGAAGCUCAAAGCCAGCAAGAAGAAAGCCAAAAUGCCUUCAGCUACAACUGAAAGUCAAAGGGACUGGGGAAAGGGUAUGGCCUGUGUGGGGCGCACUAAAGAAUGCACAAUCGUUCCAUCGAACCACUAUGGACCUAUUCCCGGCGUUCCUGUUGGAACCACCUGGAAAUUCAGAGUACAGGUGAGCGAGGCGGGGGUUCACAGGCCACAUGUCGGCGGCAUCCACGGGCGCAGCAAUGAUGGCUCCUAUUCACUGGUUUUAGCUGGGGGCUUCGAGGAUGAAGUGGACCGGGGAGAUGAGUUCACCUACACGGGAAGCGGGGGUCGGGACCUCUCCGGAAACAAACGCAUCGGAGAGCACUGUUUUGAUCAAACCCUGACUCACAUGAAUAGGGCACUGGCCUUGAACUGUGACGCACCCUUGAAUGACAAAGACGGAGCAGAGUCCAGGAACUGGCGGGCAGGAAAACCUGUGAGAGUGGUGCGCAGCUCCAAAGGCCGACGCAUCAGCAAAUAUGCUCCAGAGGAGGGAAACCGCUAUGAUGGUAUUUACAAGGUGGUGAAAUACUGGCCGGAGAUCGGAAAAUGUGGUUAUUUGGUGUGGCGGUACCUGCUGAGACGGGACGAUCAGGAGCCGGCGCCGUGGACUCCUGAAGGACUAGAGAGGAUCCAAAAACUGGGCCUUGCUGUUCAGUACCCACCCGGCUACUUGGCAGCCAUGGCUAACAAAACAAAGAAAGAGGCCUGCGCCAGACCGGGGCGGGGCGGGCGCGGCAAGCACUAUACCGGGAGGGGGAGGCCGCGGAGACAACGGAAGAUCAAGGAGAAGGAGGAGAACGGGGAGGCAGCGGAGGAAAAGCCCCCGGUCGCCAAGGUGGAAGAAGAGGCACCACAAAGUAACGGAGCGCAGAAGACAAGCGGAGAUACUGAACCGUCACCAGCAGAAGAGCCUCCAUCGAAACGUGUGAAGAUAGAGGAGACCUUCCAGCUCUCAGAGCAGCAGGAGCAGCUGAUCCGGGAGGACACGGCCAACAAGAAGCUCUGGGACGAAGCCAUGGAACACCUCAAAGAGGGGCCGAAUUUCCUACGAAAGAUGGAGCAGAUCUUCAUGUGCGUGUGCUGCCAGGAGCUUGCCUUCCAGCCUGUCACCACCGUCUGCUCGCACAAUGUUUGCAAGACUUGUCUCCAGCGGUCGUUCCGAGCAAAGGUGUACACCUGCCCCGCCUGCCGCCACGACUUGGGCAAGGACUAUGUCAUGACCCAAAACAAAAUGCUUCAGAUUCUGCUUGACCAGUUCUUUCCGGGCUACAGCAAAGGCCGAUGAGGUCGAAAUAACAUUUAUAAGUAGGAUACGUACAUACACGCACAUUAAAGCAUCCAUUCUGGGCACCCUCGUAUACCGUCAAGCACCUAACGCUCCACCUUCAAAUGCAUUGCACUCACAUAAUGUACUUACUCAUGGGCAGAAGUGUAUUGCAUAUACAGCCAUUUAUGUAUACAAUCAUUCAAACACAAACCACCUCAGUAGGGACUGACCUCAUCUGCUGAACUUGGACUGUCUCCAUCAACAUCACCAGCCUGAAAUUCAAGAUCCAACCCCCCCUUUUUUUUAAAAACAAAACAAAACCAAACAAAAAGUCUUCCCUACACAAGCAGGCACAAACGCACAAAAAGCCCCCUCAAAUCUCACAUCCCCACCAAUCGACUCAAGAUUUUGGCUCAUUUCUCCUUUGUUUUUUUCCCCUGCCGCCAUGUUGUCCGCUGGUUCCUUUCAAUGACGCGCAGCCCAUCUCUCUAGUGCUAAUCUUUCAAAUCCUGCCAACCUGUUUGCAUUUUGUGUACCAUGUAAGACACAGCGCCGCAUGCUGUAAGGGUCAGGCUGAGCGAGGCUCCCAGGAGUUUCCCUCUUAUGGCAAUUCAAACAAACUCUCUUAUCUGCAUGAAGCACUGCAUAAGUGACUCUGGCACUAAACUUUGAGGAACGUGCUCUCUCAUCCCGCCAAGCGUUCCUGUCACUUGGAAAAAUGCCACCUCUACGCCUUGAGCUAAUAGGAAUAACGAAUGCCUCACCGGGGGUAAAUUUCUGUGUAUUGGCAGAGAACAGACUUUUGCAGCUGUGUCCUGUUUGUUUGGAGUGUUGGAAGUCUUCCUUAGAUUUAUUGCGGAGUGAGAAGAAGCAUUUACUUGAGGAAAAGAUGGAGUUGGGGAACCGAUCCGUGGGGGAAAUUUCAGGAAUCUGACUUUAAAAAGAGAGAAGUCCGAGUUUAUGGUUCCACUUCUGAAGUCAAAUGACCUGAAGUGGAUCUUAUCUGUGUUCUGGUAUUUUCUUUUCAUCAAGCAGCAAAAUACUCUCGCAUGACGGAGAUAAUUGCGUUUUAGCCGCAGUGUCGUGAAAUGAUUGGAAGGCCUUGGAUGGUGGGGGCCGCAGGUUUCUCCAGUGACAUUUGAGAGGGGCACGCUGUGGCCGUCCCUGGUGUUACCAGGCAACCGCCAUCAAGCGGGACUUUUCACCGAGUAAAUUAGCUCACCUUCUGCUAUGCAGAUUUUUAUCUGCCAAUGGUUGUCGUAAACUGGGGCUCAGAAAUAAUUUACUUUGUGUGAUUGACCCCAUCUUGUAAAAAGAAAAAAAAAACAAGUGUUUACUGGUCCAGCCAGUAAAAGAAAGAGAUUUAACCGAGUGCCUUGCAGAGGACUACAGAAGUUAGCAUUCGGCAGCUAACUGGCUUUAAAUUCUCAGUUUCAGUGAGAAUGAAUCGAUUUUAAAGGCUAACGUUUUACCAUGUUUUGGUACCUUCAGCGUGGUGUACAAAGCUUUUUGUUGUGCAUGGGAACGCUCUGCAAAGAGUCAACACAAGAACGAGGGAGCCACCUACCCCCCACACCCCCCCACACACAAAGCAUGAGGCACGCUUUGUGCCUUAUUGGACACAUUUCAAACACAGAAUGAGAAAUGAAAACAGAACUUAAGGUGGAUCUAAAAGGGACUGCAGCUGAAACGUUGUCCAACACAGCUGCUGUAACACAGUACACAUUCAGCUAUGCACAAAACCAGAAACGCACCACAACAUACUCCUAACUAGUCCGGGAUACAAAACCAUAAGCCUGUAAAUUAGAGCAAGUGAUUAGUAUUUGUACACUAGUAUUCUUACAUAAAAAAGUCUUGCUGGACUACUUUAUGUAUUUCUUAAAACAUUUUGCACUUUGUGUCUGAGUCAAAGGAAAAAGCACAUACUAAAAAAGGAAAUAUUUUGUACAUAUGGCCGAAAUAUAUGGAUUUCUACUAGUCUACAAGACUAGUCGACAUACAAAAUUUAAAGCACUUAUGAAGCUCAUAACUGAGUUUGUGGCCACAGAAAGAAUAACUCUAAAACACGACUGACAAGAUUCUUAUGAAAACAUUUUUUUAAAAAGGAAGAUGUGUCUUUCCCGAUGUGCUUUAUACUCACAGUUGUUUGUCGCCAUUUUAGGGCUUAUUCAUUGCACGGAGUCUCUGGAGUCGUUACCACUGCAUAUUAUCCUGCGUACAGACGCUUGUUUGAACAAUGCAGCCGAAAAUCUACACCACAAAGUCAUUCCUCCAGUUAGAAUGGGUUUUUGGGGGUUGUUUUGUUUUGGGUUUUUUUGGGUGUUCUGAACAGCUGAGACAGAUUUCUGACUGUGAUUGUGCUGAUAUGGUACUUUAAAAUGUCCAGGGUUGGCAGGCCCGAUGGGAACCAAACCAAACAUGCCAUGGGGAGCCGUGGCUCUGUGGGUGCGAUGUGCACAGAGGUCAGCAGGGCUGCUGCCGUCCUGACAAUAUCUGAGUGGCUUUUCCUGGAACCUUUAGCCCCCCCCCGUUCAGCCACACACGGCCAAGUGGAUCAGUCACGUUAUUCCGUUAUUCCGUUGAAGGCUGAAUUCAGAAGUUAAUGCAUUGGUUUUUUCGUUUUUGUUCACAUUCCCGGUCCCCCCCCCCCUCAAACCCCCUCCAUCAGCAGGCUGUUUGUUUGUGGUGAAGUCCUCGUUUCUGUUCAGUCAUUCAGUUUUCUUUUCCUUCCUUUUUGUUCUUUUCAUUUCUAUCACCAUGCAAAUACAAAUGCUACUAUGAUCUUUAAAGCUAACUGUGACGUGCAUUACUUCUACUGUUGCUUGAUCUUGUUUAGAUUGUUUUCUUCCUGCAUUGCUUGGCGAGCUAACAGCCCUUUCUUUGUCCGCUGUGGCCCUCGCUGCCUCCUGCUCUCCGUGAACCUACAGUCAGUACUAACAACUUUUAGACGUCUUGUGGACGCUUGGCUUCAGUGCUGUGUCGUUUCAUUUUUAUUGCAACCUAAUGAAGAAUAAAUUUUGAGAAUUCCCAUUCGGUUUUCCUAAAACGCUUACUGCUAUGUCCAUGCUCCGUUUUGUUUUCGUCUAUACCAUUUUAGUUGCAUUUCUAUUUUACUCAGUCAUUUUUAUGUUUGCAACCUCGACCAUUUGCAGCAUUUGCGUCUGAGAAGUUUCAUCGCUUCAUAUUGUGAUUUGAAAUUUUAUACAUGUCAUAAUAACAGUUGAUAUGUACCAAUUAAAUAUUUGGA